AUUUCUCGCCUCGAUUCAGGCUUUUUUAUCUUUCGGUAUGACAUUGACGUAGAAGUUCUUGUUUUUUUCUGUAUCGAAAACACAUUAACGUUUACUACCUACAUAUAAGAGAAUUUGUCCCCCUUUCUUUGAACAUUUCAGUAAGUAGUUGGAAAAAAUGUCACCAGCCAGGAAGCUGAUUCAGCGUUUCUCAGCUUGUCGUGCUUGCUAUAAUACGCAUCGUGUACCUGCUGGAGUGCCGUAGUGCGACGGGCGUCGUUGGACAAUUCGACACCAAACAAACCAAGACAGAGGUGUGGAUUCGUGUUUCUGUGUUCCACAUCCUCACAUCCGCCUUCCAAAGGUCAGCCACUUUUACUUAACCAAGCGCCGUCUGGGCAUUUCAGUCCUAAGUACUUACGUCUUCUCGCACCAGAAGGAAAAAAUGAGGCAAGGUGGUGGGACAACUUCCUCUUCGCGCGGGCGCGCGCGGCGUGAGGAAAAGAGUGGGGCGUCGGGGGAGCCAGCAGAAAGUAGUGAGACGGAAUAUAGUGAGUGGGACCGAAGGUCAGGGCAGGAAUCUGGUGCAGGCGGCGACCCAGGAGGGAAUCGAGAUGGAACCGAAAUGAGACAAAGAAUACACAAAACGACGAAGCAGAGGAAUCAGGAAUCCCAACUACCUGUAGUGCUUGAGGCAAACGCGGCUUGGGAUCAGAAGAAAGUGCGGUCAAUACGGGAACGCUUUUUCUACGGCAACAUCAUGAUCGGAACCUUCUGCUUUAUCAUCGCCAUGGGACACCUAUACUUAUCCUGUCUGGUCAUUGCGAUUACGGUUGGCAUCUUUCACGAGAUUAUCACACUGAAGAGGAAUAAGGAGAAAGAUAAUAAGGUAGUUGGAUACGUACUUGAACAGGACUGAUGGUAGCGUAGAAUAACAAGGUAGUUGGAUACGUACUUGCAAUGAUGUCGUCAACUAGAAGGAUUUUCGGUGCAAUUCAAGUCCUGGUGGCGUGAAUAGGACUGAUGGUAACGCGUGGGUAUAAUUGUUCCACGAACUUCUUAUAGUCUUUCCAUCGAGACCUAGACAAAUAAGAUGUCAAAACCUACUCACCACAUAUUCCCAACAGAUCCCAUGGUUCCUUACGUUACGAUGGUACUUCUUCGGCCUCGGCGAGUUUUACGCGAUAAAGAGGUUUCUGCCAGCUUCUACGGAGUUAGAAAAUAGGAUACUCGAAUACGGAGGCAGAAUACCUUAUCUGCUCUUUGUGAAGUACUACAAAAAUUGCUUUAGAGACAGAACCACAGGGUUUUCUGUUGUGUUCUGCUGUUAUGAGUCGAUUACGAUUUCUUGUUCGUUGUCGUGAAAGUGUUGGAGCAUGACGAAUCUUUUCUCGUGCCAGCGGAGCCAUUGUGCCUCUUUUUUGAAUUUCACAUCUACAACCACCCUCCCUCCACAACAGGUAUUUCACUUUCACGAUCUAUGUGGGGUUUAUUGGCGGAAUAAUUUUCUUCGUGCUGUCCUUGCGGAAGUUCACGCUCCGAUAUCAGUUCAAUCAGUUAGGGUGGACGCUGCUGACUGUCUUGCUCAUCGUAAUGCAAAGCUGUGCGCACGUGAGCAACAUAUACGCAGGCUUAGUGUGGUUCUUGGCCUCAACCACAUUGGUUAUCACCAACGACAUCUUCGCAUACAUUAAGAAUGAAGAUUUAGUCUCAAAUUAGUCCAGUGGCAGCCUGAAACCCUACGGUCGUCACGAAAGGCGAUAUCAGGGCAACAAACAUGACAUGCCUUUGAUAGUUUGUGGAAGGACGAGGUAGAAAUAGAUGCUUUCUUGUGUAUCCUAGUAGGGGUGAACUAAUGAUGUCAACUAAUGAUUAGCAGUGAUCAAUGUAAUAAAGUCUUUUUUAUUUUUCCCCUAUGAAUGAUCCCUAGCAUCCCCUAUGAUGAUGAUCCCUCUCCUACAACUUGCCCUCUUUCAUACCUCUCGUCGGCAUGCGAUUUGGACGAACGCCUUUGAUAGCGCUUUCUCCGAAGAAGACCGUCGAAGGAUUCUUUGGAGGAUUCAUCUUUACCUGCAUAUGGGCAGUAUUUGCAGUGAAUAUUCUCUCGAGGAUGGACUUUUUCCUGUGUCCACAACCGGACUUGGUGACUUUGCCGUUUUCGGGAUUGCACAGACUGGAGUGCGACGAGGUAUUUCUAGAUUUGGACCGUCGGAUUUUUUUGUGGUGUAGUUAUAACACGACGGAAAUAUGAAUCCUAUGAAAUUUAGGAGAAAGGAAGAUGAACGUCAAAUUACACUUAAAACAUGGCAAUAAAUGUUUUCGUACCGCUUCAUGUCAGCUUCUACUCACCACAGGAGUGGAAAGCCGCGUUCUUUAAAACGGUCCGCAUCCCGUUUAGCGAGUUGGAAGUCACUAUGAUUUCGAUACACGCUAUGGUCAUGGCGCUUUUCGCAUCUCUAGUGGCACCAUUUGGCGGGUUCUUUGCGUCAGGUAUCAUUUCACGUAUAAUGCUUUGGCGAAGAUGAACAUGAUCUGUUUACUCUUGAUCUUCUGCAUCUCCCGAAGAGGAGGCGGAUUCGGUACGAGCAGCACUACGAUUAUUAAAGCUCAGCAUUCAAUGGUCACUGAUGCUGAACAGAGGAGACCCCCUUCAAAGCUCUCCCCUUUCCCUUCCUUUUCCCCUGUUCUCUAAAGGGGUCGCUUCUUCGAUCUCAGUGACCAACCCCAAUGCUUUGGCGAAGAUGAGCAUGAUCUGUUUACUCACAUUCAAAGAAAACAUUGUCUUUGAAAGCGUGCUUUUAGGAUACAUCAGCUUUCCACCACAGGUUUCAAGCGUGCUUUUAGGAUAAAGGACUUUGGAGAUUUGAUUCCUGGCCAUGGUGGGCUCACCGAUAGGAUGGACUGCCUCAUCGUGAUGGGACUUUUCUGCCAUGUGUAUUUGAACACGUUUGUCUCUUCCAACUCCGCCGUCAGCCUGGAGAUGACCAAGCGCCUAGCAGAGAGCUUAACGCCAGAAGACAGGCAGAAACUGAUGAGCCAUUUGCUGGCAUUGGGGAGGGGUAGAUAGUUACGCUUGGGAGCGGCGUUUUAGUUACCCAUGUUACCUUGGAAAAAUACGCUUGCGAGCCUGUUUCCAGCCCACAAAUAGGCUUGUAGCCUUUCCCUAACCCUAAGCCCACCAAAAAAACCUCGCAUUGGGCUUUUCUAGCCGCUACACGGCGAUUACCUCCAGGAGGUACACGGCGAU